AGAUAAAAUAAAUGUAUAUAAUGCAGAGAAAUUGGUAGUUCUAUCACAGUCUUAGUAACAACGCGAAAAGAACCAAAUAUGAAAUUCCUAUUGAUCGCUGCCGCCGUAGUAGCUGUGGCCGUCGCCGGCCCGGCUCGCUUCAUCACCCCCGGAGGCGCCGGACCCGCCCCGAUCGACUUUGGCAACUCCCCCAUUCACGUUGGGCCAGCUCUAGUUGAAGAGGAAUCCCCCGUUCACGUUGGUCCAGCUUUAGUUGAAGAGGAAUCCCCCGUUCACGUUGGGCCAGCUUUAGUUGAAGAGGAAUCUCCCAUCCACGUUGGGCCAGCUAUUGUUGAAGAGGAAUCUCCAAUCCACGUUGGGCCAGCUAUUGUUGAAGAGGAAUCUCCCAUCCACGUUGGGCCAGCUAUUGUUGAAGAAGCCGUUCCCGUAUACAGCUCCCCUCUCGUUCAGGUUAUCGUCAAUGUCAACUCUGGUUCCAUAUCCGGUAACCCAGUUGUUGUCGAGCAACCCGAAAUCAACCCAACUCCAGUCAUCGUUGUUGACAAGCCCGAGAUCGAGCCUACCCCAGUCAUUGUUGUUGACAAACCCGAGGUCCCUGAACCAGUGAUCGUAGCUCCCAUCGAGCUCCCCGAGAUCGACCCUACCCCAGUGAUUGUCGUCGAGGAGCCCGAGGUCCCUGAGCCCGUCAUCAUCGCUCCCAUCGAGGUCGCACCCGUCAUCACCCUCCCCGAUGAACUUAACUAAACAUCAAAUACUAGUUAAGGAAUAUCCAGGACUGUUAACUACGAACUCGACGAUGGGGCAGAAGAUCAAUGAGAACUUUAUGUAACUAAAAAUUCAACACCUCAAAUAAAUUUUUCU